AGAACGUGUAGGAGCGGGGGUCUAUAAAGAGACCUAUCCAACUGUGGCAUCAUACACUAUAACGCACGACGAGAGCCCCGAAUUACAAUAAGACAACAGGAGAGGUACACACCUGUGCCCAUCAUGAGGGACACAAAGCUGUGGCUUCUGCUGCUGCUAAGCGUGCAAGCUUUAGCCGAGCAAGGACUAGAAUCAGGAGGGGAUGAGCAAGCAUCUUCAUGUCCAUUGGGGGCAAGAUACAAGAACUUCAGGAAAUAUUUGUACACAUACUCAGCCGAGAGCAGAAAUGGGGUGGCUGGUACCGCUAACCUCAGAAACGGACCCAAAGUGUCCUGCAAGGUGGAACUGGAGGUCCUGCAGGCAUGCAACUUCAUCUUGCACACCACAGAGUGCUCCCUAAGCGAGGUGUCCGUCAUCGACCCCCAGGGCCAGCCCAUGUACAGGCAGGCAGCUGGAUCGGAGGCCUUUCAAGCAGCCAUGGAGAGGAAUCCUUUGAGCUUUGUGGUAUCGAAGAUGACCGACGUUUCCCUCUACCCUAAGGAGCAGGAACCCAAGAACAUCCUGAACGUUAAGAGGGGCAUCAUCUCUGCCCUCAUCACGCCCUCCAUGGGCUGGCAGGAUAGCAGGGAGAUGGCCACCAUUCACGGCAGAUGCAAGUCCACUGUUGUCACCAACUCUCACGAGGACAUCGACACAGACGUCACAGUGCACCGGUGGGACCUGUCCAAGUGCUCCCACUUCUCCCCUCUGAGGCUUGCCAGCAGUCCUCUGGCGCUCAUCCGUGGCCUGCACACCCCGUUGUCAAUGCUUGUGAGUAGCUCCCAGGAGUGCAACUACCAGUUUGAUAACAGGAGGAAGCACAUGACCGCAGCCCUGUGCACAGAGAAGCACCUGUUCAGGCCUUUCUCACAUGAUGAGCAGUAUGGGAUUUCAUCAGUUGUCACCCAGACUCUGACCCUUCAAGAUUCCGCAAAGAUCAACAAGAGAUACUUCGACACUGACAGUGGACUGAUGACAAGUCUCCACCUGGAGGAGGUAGAAGACAAACGCCCCAUGCAGUCUAAAGACACCGUCCUGUCCACCAUGAGAGACCUCAGCAACCUGACCCCAGACCAGGGCCAGCAGCGCACCGGCCUCUUCUACAAGCUGGUGUCCGAGAUGCGUGGCCUCCACAACAAAACGCUGGCCCCAGCCGCGGAGGAGAUGAUGGCUCUCUCGGCGCCGCUGACGUGGCAGGCCCUGGCCCAGUGCGGCACACCAGAGUGCAACAGUGCCCUGCUCCUCCACCUCCGCAAGCCCGACGUGGCCGGCCCUGCGGCCGACGCACUCGUGUAUGCCAUGAGCCUGGCCGGCCUGCAUACGUCCCCGGAGGCGAUCUGGGACCUCCUCGCCGUGGCCGAGGAGAGAAACACCAGACCGGUCAUGUAUGCUCUUGGCCUCGCAGUCAAGAACCUCUAUACGGAGAAGGAAAAGCAUGAGGCUUUUGAUGCUGUGGCGGAGUUUCUGAAACUCAAGCUGGGUGACUGUACAGGAGAAGAGGACAACAUAAUCCUGACUUUACGGGUGAUUGGGAUGAUCGGAAUGCAAAUGCAGGAGAAAGUUGAACCCACCCUUCUCAGCUGCAUGAGCCAAUCAGCUGCCUCCCCUUCAGUACAGAGAACAGCCAUUAAGGCCCUCAGGAACAUGAGGAUGUCUGAAGAGAUCAGGGUAAGUCUGCUUCAAAUCUUCCAGGAUGAAAGUGCAUCGCCUCAGAAACGGGUGGCGGCAUACCUGAUUAUCACCAGAGUUCAGGACCCUGCGCUGAUCCAAGUGUUGCAGUACUUCCAGAAGAACUCUCAGAUGGACCCAGAGGUCCAGAACUUUGUGGCUUCACACCUGAACAACAUGAUCAUACCACACAAUGAUGAAUCGUCAAUUCAAGAUCAAAUUCUUCACAAUAUCGAAGAGAUAUCAACAAGCAUUGAUGGAAAAUCCAAACACCGCUUCUUGAAUAUACCUAACAUUGGUAGCCUGGAGAGCCAUGUUAUUGCUGAACAGUAUAGCAGACUCCCAAAAGAAGUCAUUCUCAAGGUUGCUGACAAUUUUAUAGAUGGUGAAGAGAAGUUUGAGCUUGGCAUUGAAGGAGAGGGACUUGAGCCUUUCGCUGAGGCCCUCGUUGGUGAGGAUGCCCUCCUCCCGAACAUGCUGUUUUCCACCAUGAACUGGCUAGGUGACAAUAUGUCACCUCAGGUCAAAAAGCUCUUUGACAAGUUCAUUGGCUCCAUCCAAGGAGAACGACAGAAACGACAGGUGCCUCAGGACAUCUUCAACAAAUUUGCGGAGACGCUGAAUUCCCAGGACUCCCCUGAGGUUCUGGCAUACGUCAGACUAAUGCAGAAAGAACUCGGCUACAUCAGGACCAGUGACUUUAAGCACCUCAGUGAGGCCAUCGCUAAGUAUGCCAGUAUAGUCUUCAAGACCUUGCCUGCCAAGGCUCUGAAGUCGUUGCUAUCUGGCACGGAUAAUGAGCUGUUUGGCCAUUACAUCUUCAUGGAUGAGAAUAUGGUGCUGCCAACCGGCUCUGGGUUUCCUCUCAGGCUCUCGCUGUCUGGUGUCUUUGCUCCAGGAGCGAAGGGAGGCAUUUCAGUUUCACCAAAUAUGCACCAGCUAUCAUUCAUGCCCUCUGCUGGUGUGGAGUUCAUCACCCACAUGGGCGUACACAUCCCUGAGUUUGUAGCUGCUGGGAUCGAGAUGCACACCAACUUGUACCAUGGGAGUGCUCUGAACGCUAAGGUCACCAUCGCCGACGGCCAGGUCAAGCUCUCCAUCCCGCCACCUGAGGGCAAUGUCCAGCUCUUCAGUAUUAGCAACAAGCUCCUGUCCGUCUCAUCGUCCCAACCCAAGAUUGUACCAUCCUUGGUGGAGGACAGAACCGACACCACUGAAUGUCAUCCCCUCUUCACUGGGUUGAAGUACUGCACGACAAUGCGCUACUCAAACGCCAGCUCUAACAAUGAGGCUCCCUACUAUCCCCUCACUGGAGAAACCAAGUUUGCUUUAGAGCUCCAGCCCACAGGUGAGGUCACAGAGUACACGGUCGCCAUCGCUUACAAACUCCUCUCGGAGGGCAAGCAGGGGCGCCAUAAAGUGGACUCGGUGAAGAUUGAUCUGAAAAUGGAGGGGUCCGAGCCUUCUGAAGCCACAGCCACAAUGAAGUACAACCGAAAUAAGCAUAUCUUCACCACUGACCUCCAGAUCCCAGACUCUGAUUUUGAGGCAGGUUUAAAACUAACUACUGGUGACAGCAAUGUGAAGGGAAGGAAAAUGAGAGGCUUCACUAUUGAUGUAACCAAUAAGAAUAUCCCACAGCUGUCAUUGGUUGCCCGGGCAAGGUUGGAGUCCAUGAAGGAUGCGUUGGUCCAGAUCGAGGUGGACAUCCCCUCACUGCUUUCAAAAGCAACAACCACAGCUUCCCUAAAGAAGGAUAAUGGACUCAUUCUACAACUGGAAUCAGACAUUGAUAUCCCAAAGAUGUCUUCCCUGCAGACUGCCAUCGUCAGAUAUGAUGAGAACAAGGUUGAGGUUGAGCUGAAGUCAGAUCUGAACUCAGACUUUGACAAACUCUUCCCCAACAUGGAGGGCAUGAGGAAUAACCUGCAGUCAGCCAUUGAUGACAUGUUGGACCAGAAGGUCCCUAAGACGGACAUGAAACUUCGCCACAUUGUUUCCAAAGGCUUUGAGGCAGUCAACAUUUGGCUUGAUAAAGUGGCGGCAGAUGUUCCCUAUGUAAACAACCUGAGGAGCAGAAGAAGCAUCCCAGAACUGCCACCUGUUCCUGAGAAGCUUUUUAUGAAAUGGGAAACUCUGUUCAGGUACCAGUUCAACAAAGGCAGAAUGACGAUUUCUUUACCUCUCCCACUUGGCGGCCAAUCUUCGGAUGACCUAAAAAUUCCACCAAAGCUGUCCAUUCCAAAUAUCUAUAUUCCAGAAAUAGGCCUGGAUAUUCCUGCCAAUACCAUAAGAAUUCCAUCCUUCUCCAUUCCCAAAGACAUAGACUUCUCAAUGCCAAUGCUAGGUCUGGCUGAGUUGACUACAAAGGUUACCAGUAGCCUGUGCAACUGGGAGGGUUCAGUCCUGGGUGGAAACAAUACCGUUGAUGUCCCCAGCUUCAUUGGCCAAUACAAAAUAAUCUCCGACUGCCUCCUACCCUUCAAAGCUGAAGGUGCUGGAAUGAUUACGGGCACAUUUGAAGACUCUUUUAAGUAUAUGGUGAACAGUUCACUGAGCCACAGCCUACUGGAUGCCAGCUUUAGCACCUCUGAAACUAUUGCCUGGAAAGACGAUGUGGCUGGACGAGCUAAUCACAGACUACAAGCAUCAAGCCCACUUGGACUAUCUGCAUCUUUGCAUUCCUCCUCACAGUCUCUGUCAAAAGGCGAUCAGGUUAAAGCAGAGGGUGACAUGGAUGGAGACAUCAAGGUUGGUCCUCUGUUUGCUAAAUUUGAAUACACUAUGUCCUACAUGAUUGAUGGCAAGGAUGAUAAUAGAGGAGAAUCAACAUUCAAGCUUGAUUCUUCAUUUAUUCAACUCGAAAACAAGAUGAAUGGAGACUACACAGAUAAUGUAUUGACUGUCCGAUCCAAAACUAUGACACCGAAUGAAGCCUUGAAACAUAUGUUAGAGCUGAAACUAGAGAACUGCAAGUUUACUCUGAAGUCAGAUGCUACAGCAAAAGGUCUGAGCAAUACUAUUAAUAACAAAGUUGACCUCGCCAUCACUUGUGAAGCUGCAAACCUGAAGGUGGAAACAGAAAUCGAUGAUGGAAAAAACAGAGGCUAUGGUGUUCUCUCUGGAACACUGGACAGUGAUGGUCUGGAGACAAAUGCGGAUGGCUCUGUGGUGUUUGACUCAUGCCGUGGGUCCCACAAAUCCUCCCACAGAAUUAACAGGGCAUCCGGUUUAACCACUAGUGGCACAACCAAUUUGCAGUGCAGCCCAAUGACAUUUGAAAAUGCCUUUGAUGGUAGGAUUGAUGACACUAGAGCCACAUUAUCGAUGACAUCCAAAGCAGCUGGCCGGGACAACGAUGGGGAGCUCAAAAUGGAGGGUACAGUAACUUCCUCACAAGCUGCUGUCAGCACAGUUCUUAAGGGAAAUCUCUUUGAUGUCGACAUUGACUACACUUCGAGCGUGGGUCUAACUACAGAAGGCCUGACCUAUACUGACAGUAUGACAGGGGCUCUACAGGGUAUGACAACAAGAAAUUCCCAUUCGUUGAAGGUUACUCUUUGGACCUUGGCUCUCCGCUCCAAGUCUGACUGCUUUGUUUGUGAUGGCACAUCUUACAAGCAUGACAUCAAAGUGAACCUAAAGCCAUUUGUUGCAACAAUAAGUACUAACAAUGACAUUGAGCUCUUUGACAUGAGUCUAAGCACAGAGGGACAACUGAAGCUGGAGCCACUGAAGAUGGAUCUGUCAAGCAGCAUAACUGGUGCUUCUACUGGUGGCGACCAAAUAAAACACACUUGCUCCAUCAACUAUGCUGAUCUAGCUGGAUUUGUAAAAUGCAACACAAACUUCAAACUGUCUGAGACCCAGUUUAAUCACAACUUUGACUUGCAAUAUGCAGGGCUGGCAUCUAAACUUAGCAGUGAGGCUCUGAUCAAUUCCAAGAUCUUGCGUCUAGAGAGCACCCUACGGACGAUGGCAGAACCUUUUAGUCUAACUGUUGAUGCCAUUGUCAAUAGUGACAGUGAGGUGCAAUUCUACGGGAAGCACAAGGGUCAGCUGUACAGCAAGUUUCUUUUGAGAGCGGAACCGCUUGGCAUUGCCCACUCUCACGACUGCAGGGCAUCCGCUACACAUGAGAUGCCCUCUGGGGCAACUCACGAAACUCACCUUGAAAAUAAGCUUGAAGGUGUCUUGACACCCAGUGAACAGUCCUGGCUCUGGAAGAUUAAGUCUAAGAUAAACGACCAUGCUUACAAUCAGGACAUCAGCACUUACAAUAAUGAUGAGAGAAUGGGGAUAGAAUUGGCUGGCGUGGUCUUCACCAAUCUUGUAAACAAAGCAGCCAUGUCUGAUGAUCCCGAGUUCCAGAGUGAUCACUCUUUUGACAACCAAGAAUUUAGUCUAUCGGCGUUCCUUAAAUAUGACAAGAAUAGUGACUCCCACAUACUUUCCCUGCCUUUUAUUGAUAAUCUUCCUGAGGCUUUUGAACAACUCAAAGCCUCAAUUGUGAAUGCACUGGAGGCAGUGCAGCAAUAUAUCAACAGUUUAGAUGUGAAUAAUGUUGUUGCUGAGUUCAGAGCUACUUUGGAGAAAAUACCACAAGAUGUGGAAAAUUAUAUAACAGAUUUGGACCUUGAAGGAAAAUUCAAGCAAGCUAAUGAGGCAUUGGUUUCCUGGAUGAAAAACUAUGCAAUCUCAGUGGAUGACUUGGAGGCCAUUGUGGAGAAUUUGAGAGAAGACUUUGAAAAGUCUUUACUGGACACAUCAAGUAAAAUAAGAGACAUUAUGGUGAAAAUCAAAGAAUAUGUUGAAAGUGGGACCUUGUCUGACACCAUAUCAUAUUUCUUUAGACAGCUUGGAACUACUCUCAGGAGCUUUGAUGAUAUGUAUCAGAUUUCCCAGACACUUGUCAGGGCAAUUGAAGCAAUUGAGGACAUCAUCAGGCAAAUUGACAUGGAGAAACUGACAGACAGCAGUUUGGGUUGGCUGCAAGAGCUUGACACAAAAUAUGGAAUAAGGGAUUGGCUACAGGAGAAAGUCAGUGAACUGAAGCAAGUCAUAGACACAUUUGAUAUUAUGAUGUUAGCCCAAGAUCUAAAAGACUAUAUAGAAACUACUACAUCUGAUUUACUUCUAUUUUUGGGACAAAUUUCAGAUCAACUUCCAACCAAAGACAUCAAAAACACACUUGAAACUAUGAAAGACAUUCUUGUCAACUGGCUUGAUGAAUAUGAAAUUGAUAGCAAAAUUAAUUCUGUGAUCUCUAAAAUACAGGACCUCCUUCAACGCUAUGAAAUUGAUCAGAAGUUUGAGAUGCUCACUAAUGACUUUGUUGAACUGAUAAAACAAUACAAAGUCCAUGAAACUCUGCAACAAGUGGCAGAUGAACUGAAGAAAAUUGAAAUUGAAUAUUUCUUUAGCAAAUUCAUGCAAGUUCUUGAUGAUGUUAUCAAUCAGUUCAAAUCUAUUGACUUUAAACAAAGUAUUGAUGAUUUAAACGAAUACAUUUCAACAACAGCCAAAGCAAUACAGGAGUUUGAUUAUAAAAUGAACAUUGAUGACACCAACCAGAAAAUCAGUGAAGUUAUUGAGUAUGUGAAUGAACACAUUAGAACAUAUGAAAUUCCACAAAAAAUUGAAGCUUCUCGACAGUUUCUCAGAGAGAUUCAGUCCACCGUAUGGAAUUACUUGGAUCAACUCAAAGCAACAAGAGUGGGAGAGUUGCUCAUCAUGUUGAAGGAUGUUGUUGACAAAACUGCUUACAAAGACAUUCAGUUCAAGGUACAAGACAUAUUGGAGGAUGUGAGACAGAGAGUCACUGACAUGGACAUCAAAGCUGAAAUUAUGUACUACUUGGAGAGGGCCAGUAAGUCCUAUACUAAUAUGCUGGUCUACAUCUCUCUUCAAUUUGAUAAACUGAUUGAGACAAUUCGGCAGGUGGCAAAGGACCAAGAGAUUCUUGACCAAAUCAGUAAUUCUGUAGAGGGCAUACUCGAUGCCCUAAAAAAGGCAGAGAUUCGAACUUCUUCAUUCACUGUCCCACUGACAGAUCUCACAAUUCCGGCUGUAACCAUACCCCUUCAGAACCUUCAAGACAUUGAUAUUCCAUCUAGCAUUACAAUCCCAGAAUUCACCUUCCUUGAAAUAGUCGAGGUGGCACCCAUCACCAUUGAUUUUGAAAGCCUCAAGCAGAUGAUAAUUGACCUAAUUGAUGAAAUUCGUGCCUUUGAGCUUCCAGUAGUAGAACUUGAAGCUAUGUUUGGAGAUUUAAGGGUUCUAUACAUGUCUGACCUGCCAGACCUUACUUUCCCUGGGAUCACACUUUCGGAAAUCAGGAUCCCUGAUAUAAUUCUACCCAAAUUGAACUGUGAAGACUUUGAUAUCACAAAAUUGCCAAUUCCUGAGGUGAAGCUGCCGAAGAUCCCAAACGAGGUCCAAGUGCCUGCCUUUGGCAAACUCUAUGGUGAAGUAAGGAUAAACUCACCCCACUACACACUGACGACAGGAGCCAAACUAGAAAACUCAACAACUGCUCCCAAAUCCCCUCAGUUCACCGCUACUCUGUCCUCCCAGGCCAAAUCAACCAUUGAGCUUUUUGAGUUCUCCUUGGAUGGCACUCUCCGCCUGGAAGCCCCGAGAAUGAAGAAGAUGAUCCUUAAAGAGACACUUAAAGCCUCUCACAUGGCUUAUCACAUUGACCAUGAGGGUACUUUGAUUUUCAGUGGACUAUCAGCUGAAGUAACAGCAAAUACUACCGCUAAGGCUACCACUGCAUUAUACACAGCUGAUUUGAAAAAUUAUUUUGAGUUUGCCUUGAAGAAUGGAAUUUCUGCAACAAUGAGCACAAACUACAACCACAAUCUCAAUAUCCCAAUCGCAGAUAUUUCAAGUCAGGCCACCAUGACACAACUAUCAAAGGCACAAUUUGAAUCUGGUGCUAUCUCUGUGACUGUUGUGACAAUUGGCAGUGGGAAGGUGGCAGGGUGGGUAGAUGGCUUUUCGGAUGAGGGUACACACAACAGCAAACUGGAGUUUAAUGUCAACAUUGGCACUGCAACAUGUCAAUUUAAUGGAGAAACAAUAAGCAAGGCCUUUACACUGAAACAGGACAUCGAUAUUGAAUCGGCCAUUAUGAGUCAUGUGAGAGUUAAUGUCAUACUCGAAACAGAAACUCCAUUUAUUGAAAGCAGUCGCAUGACCUUGAAGGGAGUAGCUAAGAUAGAGGACCUAAAGUUUGAUCUCAAAGCCUACCAUGAUGCCGUGCUGAGGGGUAAAGCAAGUGGCACCAUUUCUAACUCUCUAGAGUUUUUGGCAAAGCCAUUUGAGGUAGUCCUUGACAGCAAAAACAAAGGGAAUGCCAGGAUUGUCUUCCCCCUAAAGCUGACCGGAAAGGUUGAUCUCCAGAAUGAUUAUGGAUUCAUUCUGAACUCAGAGAAACAGCGUGUCUGCUUUGUGGGGUUGGCUCGCUUCAAUCAGUACAAGUACAACCACAACUUUACCCUGGACAAUAACAAAUAUGAUGUUGGCAUUUAUGGUGACAUGAAUGGUGAGGCCAACCUCGACUUUUUGACUGUACCUCUUUCAAUCCCAGAGAUGACUCUGCCUUAUUUCAACAUGAAAACACCAAUGAUUAAAGAUGUUUCGCUGUGGGAAGACUACGGCCUCCACGCUCUUCUUACUACUCCUCGCCAGUCUUUUGACAUGACUUUUAACCUGCUGUAUCAGAAGAACCCUGACACACAUGCACUCUACUUUGAUCUUGUACCUCUAUAUAAUAUGAUCAAUAAUAAUGCUGAAUUUCUGCAGAUAAACUUUGAGAGGGGAAGAGACUGGGUUUUCGAUAACCUCAUGGAGUCCUACAGUCAUGCAAAGUCUCAGUAUGAAAAAUACAAAAUUGACACAUCCGGUCGGCCUCCAAGAUACUUUAGGGUUCCUGGAUACACCAUCCCAGUCCUGAACAUUGAAGUGUCUGCUUUCAGGGCUGAAAUGCCAGCAUUUAGUUUAAUCAUCCCCAAAGAAGUUAGCACACCAAGUUUUAAAGUGCCAGCACUGGGUUUUUCAGUUCCAUCCUAUACUCUUGUUCUUCCUUCCCCAGAGGUUCCAGUCUUGUAUGUACCUGAAACACUCAGGGAGUUGUCUCUUCCAACAUUCAGGUUGCCUGAAGUCCAGAACAGCGUUAUGAUACCAGCCAUGGGGAAUAUGACAUACGAUUUUUCUUUUAAGUCCACUGUGAUCACUCUAAAUGCCAAUGGUGGAUUCUACAAUCAGUCAGACAUUGUGGGGAGAUUUGGAGCUACCUCCACCUCUGUGUUUGAUGUUCUGAAAGGAAAAUUUGAGGGCAUAACUAGGCUUACGAUGAACAGAGGUCUUAAGCUGGCAACAACCAUGGCUCUAGAGCACAAGAAUGUUGAAGGAACCCAUGAUGGCUCUCUCAGCUGCACAAGGAGAGGUUUGGAGGUAACCGUGGCAAAUGUUGCUAAAGUCAAUUUCCCCAUCUUGACUCUGGAGUUGGAACAGGAGUCACGUUUACAUUCUCACAGCUCACCAAUAUUUGGCACUAUACUGAAAGGGAAAUACAACUUUAACAUCCCCUACAUGGCCAGAGGAGGUGGAGACAUUGAGCAAAAGGUAGACCUAGGACUGGAAAGUACCUUAAUCUCUGUGGACAUUUAUACAAAGGGAAAGAUAGAUGGAAUCGUGAUGGAGACUGGAAGGUUUUCUGCAGGUUUGAACAAUGAAGUUUCCUUCUUCCUCAAUGUAAAACAUCAUCGGUCCUCAGUGGCCACAUCAGUACAAGCGAAAUAUGACCAUGGUGAAAUCAAGAUUUUGAACAUUGAGUUGAGUGAGGACUUAGCACUGGAAGCAUCUCCACGUCGUGUUUUUGCUGCAAUAAAAUUAACAGGUAUCAAUGAGGCUAACAUUGCAUCUUUCGUCACAAAUGGGAAGCAAUCUAUCCAAGCUACUCUUGAGAUGGCUCCCCUCACAACUGUAUUGCUCCGUACGGCCUUUGAUUUUUCUCAGCAGAGCCCCAUUGGUGAUGCAGAAAUGCUCCAGGAAAUAAACAUUGACCUCACAGCAGAGAAGCAGUCAUUGAAAUGGAGUGGCAAAGAGCAAAUCACCUCCAUCAUCCAUGCAUGUGAUCUUGUGUUGUCAAAUGAUGGAGCAGAGAUCCGCAUGGAAGCAACACAGUCUUGGGAAGGGUAUCUUGCCUUCCUGAAAUCCAUCAAGCUACCAGUGUAUCAGAAGACACUGUGGGAUGUUCUGAAGUUUGACCAGGUCACCAACACAGAAGAACGUCAAUUCAUUAACGGCUCCACCAUUGUUGUUUACACGAAGAGUCCAGAGGGAUACAAGUUUGGUUUUCGGGAAAUUCCCAGACUGAUCAAUGAAAUAAAUGAAGUCCUGGAAUAUGUUGAUCUUGAUGUCUCUCUUCCACAAAUCUUUACCACUCCACAUAUUGAUGUACCAUUUACUAACUUUUAUAUCCAAAAUCGUGUUGUUGAUCUGAGAAAUAUAGAAAUCCCUGAUGAGAUAAUAUUGCCUCAAAUAGAUAUCAGCCUGCCUGGUUUACCCCAACUCACAAUUCCAGCUCUUGAGAUUGGCACAAAGUACUUUGAGGGUGAUUACAUUUCUCUGAAACUUCCAAAGUUUGAAAUCGCCUUUUCAGGAAUUCCCCCAGUGAAAUUCCUUGAUGACAUAAUGGCUCUAAUGCCAAACUGUGGCAUACCUCCAUUUCAAAUUCCCAAACAGUAUAUUGAAAUCCCAGAGAUGUCAUUGAAGUUACCAGCUGUUAUAUUUAUCCCAACUUUUGGAAAUCUUUCAACAACAGUGAAGGUAUCCUCUCCUAUAUAUACGGAGACAUGGACUACUGUAGUGGAAAAUCAGUACCCUGAGCUUCUGACUUCCCUUAACGCUGGCUGCACCUCAACAAUGGCCUUCCUUGCGUAUGACUUGGAUGCAAAAGCAACUUGGCGCAUUUUCGAUGAAGCUUUCAGCAUGAAUGGAAUUGGCAAACUGACCCACAGCGACCUUAAUGUUAACUGGCAGCACACACUGACUCAGAAUAUCAGAACAAAGCGGCAAGAGCCUCAGGAUUCCAGCUAUCACCAUACACUGAAUGUGAACAUCAUGAGUCCAACCUUCAUUGAUGUGAGUUGCCGGUAUGCAUCUCAGAAAAAUGGCAUCACGGCUUCUGUUUCCUCUCCGUCUGCUGGGUUCAUGGGAUUUCAGCUUCAGAUGAGGUCGCCUUCACAAUACUAUGGAAAAGUCUUUGGUCGCUAUCCGUCUUCUCCUGACAAAGACACAGAUAUGGUAACUGUCAAAGCCACCCUGAGGAACUCAGAAAAACUGAGCCUCCAGAUAGCUUGGAAUUGGAACACUGUUAGCGACAUCCUGUAUGGGGUCAAGCAGAAUACACCGCACAUCGCCGCCUCCCUUAAGAAGUGUAUCAACAAGUAUCACACUGCUCACUUCGGCAUGGAUUUGAAUCGAGCCUCUCUGAAGCUGAAGAACGGUCUCUCCAACACCAUUGAAAGAGCCUACCAUGAGGUUCCUCAGAUGUUCAACUCAAUGGAGAACUCCAUAGAACAGAUCAACCAGCGGACCCAGGAAGUUUUAACGAGGGCCGCUAAAGGCAUUCCAUCUGUGGACCUCCAGGAGAUGAGGAACAGAUUCUCGGCCAAAGCUAGAGAGCUGUACAAGUAUUAUGAAAAAAAUGCACGGGUCCUCCUUGACGCUAUAUUGCAGUUCAUCAAAGAGACCAAAUUCCACCUGCCUGGACUGGAGGAGAAGCUCAGUGGGCAGGAGUUGUACCACAGAGUCCGACAAUCUGUGUCAGCAGCUAUUAAGCAGGUUACUAAAAGUUUCACUAGUCUAAUGGAGGCCAUUUACUCUCUCAUUAGUGGCACUGAGAUCACAUUGCCAUACUUUGAUAAGGUCAUCCGGGGGCAGGAGAUAUUAGACAGUAGUCUGCCAACGAUGAAGUCCAUUGAGGAGUAUGUUGGUGAGGCCAUGAAGAAGUGGGAGAAUCUCAGGCUGGAGACCUUGUUUAAGAGCCUGAAUGAUUUCCUGAAGCUUUGCAUUAGGAAGGUGGAGGAAUUCAUGACUUCCCUUCAGGCUGUGAAGCUCAGUGAACUCUUGAGCGAACUCCGGUACCACCUUGCAGAAGCUGGAAGCACGCCUGCCAUGGAGGAAAUCAGAUCAAAGUUGAGAGAAGCAAAGGAAAAUGCAGCCGUAUACAAAGACAUGGCAAAAAUGAAAAUUCAGGACAUGUACAACGGUCUGACCAUGGAGAACAUCAACCAAACUGUAGUCUUCACUGCUGAUGUGUUUGAAUCCCAUUUCCUUGGUGGGGCCAAUGAGUUCCAUGAGCAGCUGAGACAUCACACACAGGGUGCAGAGCCCUACAUCAAAAUCUACAACAAAAAAGCGGAGUUAGAAAUUCCCCUUCCCUUUUUCUGGAAGUCUUUUAGUGAAUGGCCAACUCAGACCAGGGAAUAAUCUUUCAAUAGGAAAAGUUAGGUUGCAAACAAGUGUUUGAGAAGGACUGUUAAGUCUGAAAAUGUAAGAGAUUGUAUUUAACAGGGUAAACUAACACACAUGUUUUUGUCAUAAAGUUGUGUUUAAUUAAGUUUUUGUUCAUAUUUUGAAAUGAGACAUGGUCAUGAAAUGAGACUAAAUUAAUUGUUUUCAUCAAUUAAAUGCUUUAUAUUACUUCCAGCAUUUCAUUUUAUUUCACUCUAUUUAGUUCAAGUGAGUAGUCUCUGCAAGAUAUAAAAGCAUAGAUUUCAAUUAAAUAAUGCACUGCACUCCAUGUGUCCAAUUUGCCCUCCUUUGUAAUGUGUUGAGCAGGCUGUAUCCCUGUGUGUUCUUCUCCCUGCCAUGUGGGGGCAGUGCAGUCAAACUGUUCAUAACCGAGAGGAUUUGAGCUCCCGCUCCAGACACAACACUGGAACCUCCUCCCAGCCUCGCAGAGUCUCUCUGGGUCUGUCUGCCCUGUCUGUCUCUUUGAUAUACACGCUCAGGAAGAGUCUCGCUGCCUCCAGUAUGCUGUCUACAAUUCCCACCACAGUCUCCCUACUGGAUACCUGGUGGGAAAACUGUAACCCCCCUACCGAUCACUCAUAUCACCCAAUCUGAACUGGGGAGGGGAGGGGGGGGGGGGGGCAAAACAAAUGUUGCUAAGCAAAGAAACUGCCACCUGUUAGGAAUCCGGGGCUGUUGUGUGUACUGGACCAUGCUGGGUUUCCCACAGAAGUCUAUUAAAAGGUUAUAGAUCAUCAGCAUGAUAGUCUGAGGCUCUGACUAGAUGCCAAAGGCCUGGUCUGACCCUUUCACAGAAGUGCUGUCCCUUUAAGGUCAGGAUUGAAUGGCUGGGACUGGGAGCGGACAUCUACCUCCUGAUUAGCACGCUUGCUAAGUGUAUGUCAAGUGGAAAGCACAGCAAAGGGUUUAAAAAGCCACAGCUUUCCUCUGUAGACAUACGGUAUGUCACAGAGAAGAAGGGUCUUUAAUUUAAUACUGAACACUUGGACUCUUAUGAAAAGCAGUCUAAUUCUCUCAUGCAAAGUAGUUUUAGUAUUUAUUUAGUCUUCACCUCUGUAAUGUGGUAAUGGAUAUUCAUCAAAAAGUAUUGUUCUUCAUUAUCAACUGUAUUCAGUUAUUUGUAACAAAAGUAACAUUUGAACUGAGCAGUUUGCAAGUUGUGCUAAAGAUUUGAUUUAGAACCUGUUUAUUGUCCUAACCACCCACUCUUUAUUCAAUUAAAAUUAUGGAAUAUGUUGCA